AUGGCAGACAGCGGGCCUAACCAACUGUCUGGUCCCCACGGCCUGCGCGACCAACAUGCUACAGCACCGCCCACUGAUCCAGAGCUCGAGUCGCAGCUUCAUAACCUCAAUGCCGUCCAGUCCCUCGCCUCGCCGGUCGUCGAUUCGUUACAGCAGCAUCAACAGCAGCAACAACAACAACAACAACAACAAACAUCCCGAACGGGUAUAUCGUCACGAGGAGCAUUUGACGCGGAUUUGAGCAAUGCAGCGACAGAGGGGCACAUUUCGCCUGCGGUGCGGUCAGCCGGCCAUGGCCUGGAGCAGAUCGAGCAGAUGGACCAGGUUGACAUCACCUUCUCCAGCGACGGGAUGGUGUUGAGCGCUCCGCACGAUGCCAGACUCUCGCAGCACUCGGACGAAGCUGCUGGCCACCAGUUUGUAUCGCCAACGAGUCAUGACAUGCAAUUUUCGCCAUUUACGCAGCAACAUCUGCCACAGAACGUAAUACCCCAUUUCCAAUCCCCAAGCCAGGUAGACAUGUCCCAGAUGGGCAGUAGUCACGCCAAUGAAGGCCAUUUCAAGAAUAUGAAAUGUAUCCCCAAUCCGCCGGACCUGCAGAAAUGGAGAGAGAAGCUGUUUAACGUGGAGGACACAAUUGUUUUAAGUGAAGAGGAGUUCCAAACAUAUUUCCCUCAUGUAGACAAUGUCUACUCCCAUCGCUCUACCCAAAGAUACAAGCGGAAGCCAUUUAUAUCUCAUUACUGGGACUGUCGGUUGAAAGGGCGUCCACCAGGCACUCCAAAGACUCAUGACCCCAAUAAGAAGAAACGAAAAAGGACUGCUCGCGAACGCAAUCUGUGCGAUGUCAAGAUAAAAAUCACCGAAUACUUCCCUGGCGCCAUCAAUACCUCUCAAGAUUUUCCUUCGGGGUUUGAACAAGCCCCCCAAGCUUCUUCGCCGUCUGAUCUCCUUGUUGUACCCGGCUCGUCACAUUCAAAUCUAGACGGGUCUCAGCCGUUCGGCGUGUUAACUCCCAGCGCAAGCUUACCGCCGGGUCACCCUGGUGUAGCAGGAGCUCGAUAUUAUACAAUUCAGCGUGUGAAUGGCAAUGGAGGGAAUGGUAGAUCAGACUCGGUUGAAGGCCCGCAUCGGCAUACACUCGAAGAAAGUGACCGGAUUAAGAAGAAUAGUGUGCAGAGAAAUCUACUGAAGGAAGAGAAGGACAAGAGGAAAUCAACUACUCAGCAAAAGUCAUAUCAUAGCCGUGCAUCCGGAUACGCAUAUGCCACUGUGAAGAAACAUGCAAAGGAGAGCGACUUGAAACUCUAUGGGAGCUGUUUCUGCCCUUUUGUGCAGCGGGUAUGGAUUGCCCUUGAGGUUAAGGGAAUACCAUAUCAGUACAUCGAAAUAGAUCCGUAUAAACAGCCAGACUCACUGCUUGAAGUCAAUCCUCGUGGCCUGGUACCAGCCAUUCGACAUGGCAACUGGGGAUGCUAUGAAAGUAGUGUCCUUCUUGAAUAUCUAGAAGAUUUAGAUGUUGGAAAGCCCCUUUUACCUCCAGGAGACCCACAGCUUCGCGCCCACUGCCGUCUAUGGUCAGAUCAUAUAAACCGGCAUAUUAUCCCUUGCUUUUACCGGCUGCUACAAGAACAAGAGCCAGCCAAGCAGAUUCCUCAUACCGAACAAUUAAAAGACCAUAUCAGCAAGCUUGUCAACGCCUCACACGUCCAUGGACCUUUCUUCUUGGGCCGCAGCAUUUCAUUCGUUGACAUCCACUUUGCUCCAUGGAUGCUACGGCUUACCCGAGUGCUGAAACCCUACCGUGGCUGGCCCGAUCCAGAACGGGGCAGUCGAUGGGCAGCUUGGAUGGAAGCGGUGGAGCUGGAUGAACAUGUUAUGGCUACUACGAGUGCUGAUGAUUUAUACUUGGAUAGUUACCAGAGAUAUGCGGAAAACCGUCCAAACACAUCUCAACUAGCUAAUGCUAUCAAUGCCGGACACGAUCUGCCCUAA